CGUUGGAGCGUCACGUGACGGCGGCAGCCAAUCAGCGCGGCGGUGACGUAGGCGGCGGCUCCCUCCGCCCCGGGAUGCGCUGGGCCCCCGCCCGGGCGGGGCGCCGCGGGGAUCGCGGCCGGGCUCCGCCGGGGGCGAGGAGAUGGGACCCCCGCGCCCCGGGACGGGGCUUUGCCGCCCGCCCGGCAGCCCAUCCGGAUUUUGGGGGAGGGCAGUACUGGGCUCAUGGGCCUGGCGACGGAGUCGACCCCAGGCAAGCGGAUCCGCAAGCCGUCACUGCUCUACGAGGGUUUCGAGAGCCCCACCAUGGCGUCGGUGCCAGCCCUGCACCUGCCUCAGGUGAACCCUCCACCACCGGAGGUGUCCAACCCCAAAAAGCCAGGCAGGGUCACCAACCAACUGCAGUAUCUCCACAAGGUGGUGAUGAAGGCCCUGUGGAAACAUCAGUUCGCCUGGCCCUUCCGCCAGCCUGUCGAUGCUGUCAAGCUGGGCCUGCCGGAUUAUCACAAGAUCAUCAAGCAGCCCAUGGACAUGGGGACCAUCAAGCGGCGUCUGGAGAACAGCUUUUACUGGGGGGCGGCGGAGUGCAUGCAGGACUUCAACACCAUGUUCACCAACUGUUACAUCUACAACAAGCCCACGGAUGACAUUGUGCUGAUGGCCCAGACCCUGGAGAAGAUUUUCCUGCAGAAAGUGGCUCAGAUGCCUGCAGAGGAGCAGGAGAUUGUCAUCACCGUGGCCAAGAACAGCCACAAGAAGGGGGCUUCCCGGGCGGCAGCUCUCCUGGCAGGAGCAGUCACUGCAGCUCACCAAGUGCCCGCAGUCUCCUCGGUCUCGCACGCCUCGCUCUACACCCCAAGCGCUGAGAUCCCCACCACUGUGCUCAGUAUCCCCCACCCCUCGGUGAUCUCGGCACCGCUUCUCAAAUCACUGCACUCCGCUGCCUGCCAGCCAGUGCUGGCUGUGCCCGCGCCCACGCAGCCCGUGGCCAAGAAGAAGGGUGUGAAGCGAAAAGCGGACACCACCACCCCCACCACCACAGCCAUCAUCGCCACCAGUGGGGAGUCGUCCCCGUCGGCCACCCUUCUGGAGCCCAAAGCGGCCAAGAUCCCCACCCGGCGGGAGAGCGGGCGCCCCAUCAAGCCCCCCAAGAAGGACCUGCCCGACUCGCAGCAGCACCAGACCUCCAAGAAGGGCAAGCUGUCCGAGCAGCUCAAGUAUUGCAACGGCAUCCUCAAGGACCUGGUGUCCAAGAAGCACGCGGCCUACGCCUGGCCCUUCUACAAGCCCGUCGACGCCUCGGCCCUGGGGCUGCACGACUACCACGAGAUCAUCAAGUGCCCCAUGGACCUCAGCACCGUCAAGCGGAAGAUGGAGAACCGGGAUUACCACGACGCGCAGGAAUUUGCUGCCGACGUCCGGUUAAUGUUCUCCAACUGCUACAAGUACAACCCGCCCGACCACGACGUCGUGGCCAUGGCUCGCAAGCUGCAGGACGUGUUCGAGUUCAGCUAUGCCAAGAUGCCGGACGAGCCCCUGGACACCAACCCGCCGUCAGCCGGGCUGUCUGGAGCCCUCUCCAAAUCCUCCUCCGAGGAGUCGUCCAGCGACGACGAGGAUGAGGACGAAGAUGAGGAUGAGGACGACGAGGAGAGCAGCAGCGAGAGUUCGUCGGAGAGCGAGGAGAGCUCCGACUCGGAGGAGGAGCGCGCCAACCGGCUGGCGGAGCUGCAGGAGCAGCUGAGGGCAGUGCAUGAGCAGCUGGCCGCCUUGUCGCAGGGCCCGGUCUCCAAGCCCAAAAAGAAGCGGGAGAGGAAGGAGAAGAAAAGGAAGAAGAAAUCGGAGAAGCACAAGGGCCGGGGAGGCGAUGAGGAGGCGCGGGCACGCCAGGCCCAGCUGAAGAAGGCCAAGAAGGCAGGGGGCAGCAGUGGAGGGACCAGCGGGAGCAGCAGCAGCAGCAUCACCAAGAAUUCCAGUAAGGUGUCGAAGGCGGCGCUGCCGGCACCCCCCGUGCUCUACGACUCGGAAGAGGAGGAGGAGAGCAAGCCCAUGACCUACGACGAGAAGCGCCAGCUCAGCCUGGACAUCAACAAGCUGCCGGGGGAGAAGCUGGGGCGGGUGGUGCACAUCAUCCAGUCGCGGGAGCCCUCGCUGCGCGACUCCAACCCCGAGGAGAUCGAGAUCGACUUCGAGACCCUCAAGCCCUCCACCCUGCGGGAGCUGGAGCGCUACGUGCUGUCCUGCCUGCGCAAGAAGCCGCGCAAGCCCUACAGCGAGACCAUGAAGAAGCCGGUGGGGAAGACGAAGGAGGAGCUGGCGCUGGAGAAGAAACGGGAGCUGGAGAAGCGGCUGCAGGACGUGAGCGGCCAGCUCAACUCCACCAAGAAGCCCCCCAAGAAGGCCAACGAGAAGCCGGAGUCUGCCCAGCAGGUGCCCGUGUCGCGGCUCAGCGCCAGCAGCUCCAGCUCCGACUCCAGCAGCAGCAGCUCCAGCUCCUCGUCCUCGGACACCAGCGACUCGGAUUCCGGCUAGAGCGGUGGCGGCGAUGGCAGUGGGCGGGCGGCAUCGCGGCCGGGUGGAAGCGUGGGCAGGUUCAGAAGAGGCUCUGCGGGACCGGACCCCAUGUGAACCGGACUGAGCAGCUCCACCCGGCAGGCAGCACCCCCAAGGCGGGGGAGGGUGCCAGUGACUGCCCCCUCACGGACAUGGGCACUGCCCCAGUGUUUACAGUUCGGAGGCCCCUGGGGGUUGUCGGCGCAGAGGCACCUGCCGGGCACAGCCUGUGCAGGCCCCGGCGCGACCCCAGCCAGGUUUUACCGUUUGGUUUGGUUUGGUUCUGACGCAUGGGAGCUUUUCCCAGCGCAGAGUUUGGGUUUUAAAGGGUUUGGAAGUCUCCACGCUUGGAUUUGCUCUUGGGGCUGGAGGUUUGGGGGGGGCUGGCCGGACAGAUGGAAGCCGCAAGCCCCUCACGUGCUCUGGGCUGCAUCGCUGGCCCCCCAUCUCACGUCCCACCAGCGGCCUCGUCCCCUUCUCCGGGGAGGGUUUAUUUAUUUGAGCAGCGGUUGGGCCGCGAGGCCCUGCAGAGACGGGUGUCGCCCGCCCGGCUCCAGGACUGCAGUGUACAGAGCCCGCGGGGGCACGGCCCGGGCAGCAUGCUCCUUACUGGGGGGCGGGGAGGGGAGGGGGGCUGUUUUUUAUGUUGACUGUACAAUUGUUUUCUACUCCUUCCUUUUCCCUCCCCGUCCCCUGCCCGGCCUGUCAGACCCCGAGGGCGGGCUCAGCUGUUCUGACCUUUCCAGCCUGGAACAUGUAAAUAAAGAAAAUAUUAUUGGA